GGAUCUUACAAGCUAAAGGUUGGUAAUGACCAAUGAAACCGUUUCUUCCUUUUGAAGUACGAAUAUAUUUCACAAGUUUACUUUGUCGUCUACUUUUCUGAUUAGCAGUGGACCAUCUUUUGACCAUAGCAGAGGAUGAUGUUCAGCUAUAUUGUUCUGAUUCUUCUUUUAUCUGAAGCCGCUGCAAGUUAUAAAAGGGUUUGUUAUUUUACAAACUGGGCCCAAUACCGUAGUAGAAUCGGAAAGUACAAGGCCAAUAAUGUAGAUCCGUUUCUAUGCACGCAUGUGAUUUAUGCCUUUGCCAAGUUGGAAUCAAAUUACAUCAAACCAUAUGAAUGGAAUGAUAUCAGUGUAUGGGGACAAGGUCAGUUUGAUAUGAUGCAUGAUGUAAGAAGUAAAAAUCCUGACUUAAAACUACUGUUAGCUGUUGGAGGGUGGAAUCAUGGGACUAAACCAUUUACAAGAAUCGUGGCUAACCAAUCAAACAUGGAUGCAUUUGCUACAAAUUCAAUCAAAUUCCUUAGACAGAACGGUUUUGAUGGUCUUGACUUAGAUUGGGAAUAUCCUGCCAAUAGAGGAAGCCCUCCUGAGGACAAAAAGAGAUUCACUUCCCUUGUUAAGACAUUACGAACAAAAUAUGACAAUGAAGAUUUGAGAACUGGUAGUUCUCGUCUGUUGCUAACAGCAGCUGUGGCAGCCAGUAAACCAGAAAUAGAGAGUGCGUACGAAAUCAGCAAAAUAGCAGAGAAUUUGGACUUUAUAAAUCUAAUGGCGUUUGAUAUGAAUAGUGAUUUUUAUAAUGGUACACAAUGUAAUACUCCACUUUACAAAUCACUAACUCCAUACGAGGCUAAUAAUGUUGAUUUUGCUGUUAAAAUGUGGUUGAAUGGCGGCACUCCAAAAGAGAAACUUAUAAUGGGUAUGGCAUCAUAUGGAAGGUCUUUCAUAUUGAAUAAUACAUCUGAGACAGGAUUGGGUGCUCCUACUUCCGGUCAGGGUACUGCGGGUUCAACCACUAAAGAAAAGGGGUUCUUGUCAUACUAUGAGAUCUGUUAUGACAUUAUGUAUCAGAAUUGGACAGAGAUUUGGCUAGAUGAACAGAAAGUACCAUUCGCCUAUCAUGAUAACCAGUGGAUCUCAUUCGAAACUCCGAAAAGUAUUGCCAUUAAAACAAAAUACAUUAUGGACAAUGGUUUAGGAGGAGGUAUGAUGUGGGCAUUAGAUUUAGAUGAUUUCCACGGUGUGUGUGGCCAAGGCAAAAACCCUUUAAUGAAAACAAUGAAGGAUGUUUUCAGUGGUAAACCAGGACUUGAUUUUGUAUCGACUGCACUACCUGUAGUUGUUGGGUAAUAUCAUCAGACGUGAUAUUAUUAAUACGAGGGAGAUACAUAUCGUGAAUGUGACACAUUGUAUAUAUUAAAUACUAUAAAUCAAUAAAUCAAAGAAGGAUCUUA